GGACCACUUUCUCGCAGUCUGUCCCACCACCCUCACCGUCGACCUCCUCGAGAAGGCCCUCCUCGCAGCGGAGAAGAGCAUAGUCGCUGUAGGUGCUUCUCGUGGUGACCCUCGCACCCCCAUCUUUGAGGGGUUCUCUCCUUCAGACGGUGGUGGUGGUGGCAGCGGUGGUGGAGGAGGCAGCGGCGGAGGUGGAGGCGGCGGAGGUGGAGGCGGUGGAGGCGGCAGCGGAGGAGGCGGUGGUGGUGGAGGAGGUGGAGCUGGUCGGGGUGGUACCCAACAGCGUAGCGGCGGUGGUGGUGGCCAGCGCUCGCAGCGGCAGCAGCAGCAGCGCUCGCGGGACAUCCCUCCGCCUCAGCAGCUUCGUGAGUGGUACGCUGGGCGUCAGAGGGGUGGGGGUACUGGUCCCUGCACCUACGUUCUUCGUUCCAGCGACCGCGCGGGUGAGCCGUGUGGGGGUGCCCACGCCACCCAGCGCUGCUUUGGCCGCCUGACGGACGCUUGGCGUCAGCAGUUCCCUGGGGCUAGUGAGAUCCCUCGCUGGGAUGAGCUUCUAAGGGCUGGUGUAGCGAUCUUUGAUCUUGAUUUUGAUGCUAUCCUUGCUGCUAUGUAUGCUGUGGAUUAUAGUGAGGAGAAUGAGGGUUACCGGUGUUUCCAGCCCGACCCGGGCAUUGGUACUGCUGCGCUAGGUGCUUGUGAGGCUGCUGCUCUAGGUGCCAGUGCGUCUGUGCUCUCAGGUACUGGUGAGACUGCGCUCUCAGACCGCACUACCCUUACGCCGCUCGGCCGGCCGGUUGCGGUCUCCCUUGCUGACCCCUCUGGGGGUCUUGUCCUGUCUCACUUCUCCACUGUCCUCCCGUGUCCGGCUGCCCCUUCGGGCACCCUGUCUGGUCUGUACCUUCCGUCAUUCUCUACGAACUUGGUGAGUGGAGCGGACUUGCAGGAUGUGGGGGUUCACCAGUUCACUCCUGCGAGUCAGCGGGUGACCCACUGCACGGAGGCACGCACAGGCCGACACCUGGCCACGUUCCUCGCGUCGGCCGGGUCGAGUCUCUACACCCUGACCGUUGAGUCUCCUCCUGUCCCUGCGUCUGGUCAGGUGGCUGCGUCGGGUCAGGUGCUUGCUGCUGCGUCCCGGUCAGGUCCUGAGUCUGCCCCCUGUUCUUGUCGCCUCCUGUCUCACGAGACUCUCCUGUGGCACCACCGUCUUGGCCACCCCUCCUUGCCCCGUCUUCGGAGCAUGGCUUCCCGUGUCCUUGUCUCUGGUCUUCCCCAGUCUCUCCCUCCUCUCCCCUCCGGGCCAGGACCUUCCUGUGUCCCCUGUGUCGAGGGUCGCCUCCGGGCUACUCCUCACUCCUCCCACUCCCCCCCGACAGAGGCUCCCCUGCAGACGCUUCACAUGGAUGUGUGGGGCCCAGCCCCCGUCCGUGGGCAGGGUUACGAGCGCUACUUCCUGUUGGUGGUUGACGACUACUCGCCUUGCGCAGCAAGGGUGCGGUCACUGAGGUGCUGA